CAGUGCAGAAAGUAACCUUUUUUUUGUGCAAACUUUUCUUGUUUUUAGUUCUCACUAGCAAUUAGCGUCAACCCAAUUGCUAUUUGCUACAAAAGUUUUUAUUUUUUCACUAUACCCAUUUCUCCAUGUACUUUAUUUUCUGUAGCUAGGGUUUUUUGGGUUCAAAUGUGAAGCAAAAUGGAACCUUCUGAAGCUGUUUCUGUCCCUAAUCACUGUGAAGCACCGCCUUCUGAGUUUCAAUCUUCACAGCUUCAUAGUUCUGUUCAUGAUCCUCCACCAUUUGAUGCACAACAUGUACCCACUGAUGAUCGCAUCCAUGCAGAACUUCAGAAAUUGGAUUUGAAGGAUGAGAAAGAGGAACCCGUGAAAGAUUUUGAUGGUGGUGGAGAAUGGGAAGUUGAGAAGAAUCCUUAUGAAGAUGAAGGAAAUGAUACGAAGAAGAUCGAUGAAAAUGAUCGAGAUAGAAGCGUUAGAAAUGAUGAUGAUGAUGAUUAUGAUGAUGUCGAUGAGGAGGUUGAUGCCGGCGACGGCGACGGCGGUGAGGUGGAAAGGAAAGGGGACUGGAGAGGCAAAAGCAAUCAGUACCCAGUACGGCCUGAUGCUGAGGAUUGUGCCUUUUACCUUAAGACCGGAACUUGCAAGUUCGGGUCAUUUUGCAAAUUCAAUCACCCUGUUCGAAAGAAAAACCAGGUUGUUUCUGAGAAAUUGAAAUAUGAGGAUGAUUCAACUGGGACAGCAAACAGAACAGAAUGCAAGUUUUACUUGAGGACUGGGGGUUGUAAAUUUGGAAAUGCCUGUAGAUAUAACCACACGAGACCAAGAGCGUUAACAAGCCCAAUUCUAGAGCUUAACUUCCUUGGUCUGCCAAUCCGACCAGAUGAAAAAGAAUGUCCCUAUUACAUGCGCACAGGAUCCUGCAAAUAUGGAGCAAACUGCAAGUUUAAUCAUCCUGAUCCUACAACCGUUGCUGGAUCUGAAUCUCUUUCAGGAUAUAACAAUGGAGUUCCCCUACAAGGUGCAUCCCAAUCACAGAUCACAUCAUGGACUUCACCAAGAGUACUUAAUGAAGCCACAACAUUUGUACCUGCUAUGAUUUCACCAUCUCAAGAUCAAGACUGGAAUGGGUACCAGGCUCCCAUAUAUCCAUCAGAAAUCAGCGUGCUUCCACCUCCAGCAUAUGUCGUGAACAAUAUAGCACCUGAGACGGAUCUCUAUUCUUCUCAUCAACAGGUAGAUGAAUAUCCUGAACGACCUGGUCAACCUGAAUGCAGUUACUUUCUAAAGACGGGGGAUUGUAAAUUUAAAUCUCUUUGCAAAUAUCACCAUCCGAAGAAUCGGAACCCUAAGUUACCGACUUGCACUCUCAAUGAUAAAGGCCUGCCCUUGAGACCUGAUCAGAACGUAUGCACGUAUUAUAGACGCUAUGGCAUCUGCAAAUUUGGGCCAUCUUGCAAGUUUGACCAUCCUUUUCUUCCUUCUUCUUCAACUGUGGGCGAGCUUGAACAGCAACCUCACUACGGCAACUUUAGCACUGCAGAAGGGGCUGAAAUGGCCGGAGGAGCGAGCGGAAACAGUGCCACAGUCGAGCAGUCUGCAUAAGAAGUUUAUGCAGAGAGGACUCCUAGAUAUAGGGUUUUUCAUGGAGCAUUUGUUUGGGAUGAGGAUAUAUUCAACUCGUUUUCUUCGGGUUGAGCUGCCAUAAGCUUUUCAAAAGAUGGCACUUAUUUUCUAUAAUUUACGUUGAACAAAGGAAAAAUGUAAAUUAUACUUGAAUUUCUCUCAUGUAUUGACUAAUACACACAGUGGCUAGAAUCUUGUAGCUUUUAAGAUACAAUCUUAUCUGGGGAUUUCUUGAUCAACUUGUGAGUGUCAUGUCACCUGACUAUACACUGCACAGAUGUAAUGAUGCUUUUGCUUUAGACUAUUUCAA